AUGCCUGAAUCAAGUAAUAAUAAAGAAACUCUCUUUUCGGUGCAACACACAUUGGCUCAACGCGUUACUAGUGUGUUGUUGAAUGGCCGUAAUUUUGCAUCAUGGGCUCGUUCCCUCUGCCUCUAUGUUGGUGGAAAAGGCAAAUCAGGAUGGAUUUUGGGUACUGAAAAUAGGCCAGAUAUUAAAGAUCCUAAAUAUGCUCAGUGGGAUAUAGACAAUUGCACCAUUUUAGGAUGGAUGUUUAAUUCUAUAGAGGAACGCAUUUAUAAUCUAUUCAUGUUUUAUGACUCUGUUAAUGACUUGUGGACUGCUUUGAAUCAAAUGUAUGUUCAUUCUAGGAAUGAUGCUCGUAUUUUUGAAUUAUAUCAAGAUAUUGCUAAGGCCUCGCAGGAAGGUCUGAAUUUGUCUGUAACUGAUUAUUUUGGGUAUUUGAGAUCUCGUUGGGAGGAACUAGCUUAA